UUAAAGGUCCCAAACGUUGAGAGUGUCUUCUCAAUGUGCAAGGAAAGUCGCUGAGAUGUAAUUUGUGUCUAGGCGGAGACGUUUGCUGAGACUCGUAUGGCUGAGCUCGAUCAGCCCUUCCUCCAAAAUUGACAUGUGAUGGUUAUUAGCUGUUAUUAUGGUGAUGGUGGGCGAUAGAGGUCUUGGCUUCAUCCUCAAACGAGCCUGGAGAGAUGGUCAGAAAUGCGGAGGCGGUCGAAGAAUUUGUCGUCGACUCUGGAACUCAGCCGUCCUAGGGCUCCAUGAUUCUGGAGGAACUCGUGUCCGUGCGCCGCAAAAGAGGCGCUCCGGUAACAAAAAUAACAAGAAACGACGCCCUCAGAAAUCGAGCUCAUUCAAUAGACGAAAUCGUUCCGCCAUUAUCCGUACUGAGUCUUCUUUCCUUAACCGUCCUGAUCAAGUCAGGUCAAUUGCGCCUCACCCGGUAGACGAGUACAUUUUUAGCACUCUGUUGAAGCGGACCAAGCAUAAGGGAUAUAGUCCAAAGCUCCUAACAAAGAACAACUACGUGGAACACUCUUUGCUGAUUCCGGCUCACAAUGAACGGUGCAUCGACACUUGCGUUGCAGCUGCAGCUGCAAGGAUGUCGGCUCUGCCGGAAGUUCCGAAUCCCACGUAUGAUCUUAAUCGAUCGCCGGUACAAUCAUUCCCGCCUGACUUUGCAUUCGUUCCUGCCUUGCCACCCAAACCCUAUCCCAGAACCAAACAUUUAAUUGGCAAAAAUUUGAAGACAAAUUCUGGAUGUAAGGCAACGACAAAAAGCCCAAACACAGAUUAUUUGUACGGUAGACCUAGGAAGUCGGUUAAGUCGCUCCCUUCAACGCCGUCAAGCAGCGGAGUUUCUUCUGGAGAGGAAGGCGGUACUUCGAGCCAAAACACAACACGCGACGUUUCAAGCUACAUGGACCCGCAGGACGCGGCAGAAAUAUGGCAAAUGGUUGGCCGCAUCUCGUCCAAGUCACGAGAGACAGAUGAAUCUCAGACCAACAGCAACGGUUGUGACAAAACGGAAUACGUGAGUGAGGAAUUCGGCCGCAGUGUGUCGUCUUCAGUGUCAUGGCAAUGGUCAUCUAUACCCAUCCAGACUAGCACGACCGCCGAGAGGGAUCUUGAGAUAACGCGUGCCGAUGACAGACCACCUGUCCCGCCCAAAAGAGGAUCGGUGACUCGCGACCUCCGCCAGUACCUGAACACACGGUUCCCUAAGGGCGGCGUAGACCAUGACCUGCAGAACACGAUCAGGGACAACGUAUACCUGCGCACCGUGCCUGUGACUACCCGCACACCGCGGCCUGGUGAGCUCAACGGCCUCGACUACACCUUCCUCUCGCAGCACGAGUUCCACGCACUCAAACGCUCUGGCAACCUCCUCGAGUCGGGCGUCUUCCAAGGCUCAUUGUAUGGCACUCCUCUGACCACAUCCUCAACUUCUGGACAUACUACUUAUCUUCCCCUUAAUCGACCUGAACCGAGCCAUGGUCCCACUGGCUCGCCUGACGUUCGUCCCGAUGUUUUUAAACGAGCUAAAGCUGAAGAACCAACAAAUUUUUCCACGUCUUCGAGCCAACGAAACGCUGGCAGUGCUCAUUUCUUUACCCUUGGUUCUCGCAAGAAAAAGCAGCCUCCUGUGAACCAAUAUUCUAAUAAUUCUAACGCAAUCCCGACAUCCGGAAACGCCAAGUCUGUGUCAAAGAUGCUUGGCAAACAGUACAAUAAAUUUGUUUCGAAGACGAAGCAAAUCCUUACUCAUGACAAAACCGAAGAACCUAAAAAUUCCACUGCUUCGGUUGUGCCAGUUAAUUUUUAUCCCGAGUUUCCUGAUUUGGUAGAAACUCAUCGAGAUUAUUUCUUGGGAGGAGCAGCUUAUCACACAGUCAAAGUCAGCUCGCAUUCUGAACAAGCUGGUCAUCGUGUUUCAGGAAACCAUUACGGUACACCGAAACCUCCUUCCCAGCCGCUGACAUCUGACCCUAGGAACCAGAGCGGACCCAAGACUUCCUCCUCAGCAGGCAUCCUGCCUGGUGCCCACCCCAGCUCCGAGGGCAAGCGUCGUCGCAAUCGUUCUAAUGUUGAGGCGAUGGCGGCCAACAUGACUGAACCUAUGACUUGGAACUCGCCACUUCCCAACCAGUAUUCCCCUCAGUCAAACAUGCCUCAGCAGCAACAUCUUCCUGAGCUGCGUGAUCAUACAGGACCUACCCACGAGUCAUCCUACUCUGCGUCCAACUUACAGUUCGGGAUGAACAAUGACGUAGCAAUGCCCCCGGCCAUGCAUCCUCCCAAUGAUCUGCCUGAUGUUGCCGGACCUCCUGACGGCGACCUGGGCCCCCUCCCUCCCAACUGGGAGCAGGCCUACACUGACAAGGGCGAGCCUUACUUCAUUGAUCACGUGGCAGGCACGUCUUCGUGGCUAGAUCCUCGCCUUGCGAAGGUGCAGAAGCAGAAGGCCGAGGAGUGCGCUGAGGACGAGCUGCCCUAUGGCUGGGAGCGCAUCGACGACCCUCAGUACGGCACCUACUAUAUUGAUCACGUCAACAGACUCACGCAGUACGAGAACCCCGUCACUAUGGCAAAAACUCACACCGAUCCCAUCUCGGACUCCAGUCCUCAAGAAGCGCCGUUACCGCAAGAUCAGACAGCAAUCAACAACGGCGGUAUAGCCAGCAACGGGACCAGCAACAACAAUAACAACAACAACAACAACACCUUCCCGCGACAGAAGAAACUGUCCCCCGACGGCGGGGCGUCGAUGCCCCCCAAACCUGACGGCGACAACUCUAACCCCGGCCGCGUAUCCCAGCCCCCGAGUGUGGCGUCCAAACGCAACAGCAGCACAUGGAACACCAUGAACUCGACCGUGGACGGGAAGCCAGCCCCUGUGUUCACGCGCAACCCUGCGGAGCUGCGAGGAGAGUUCCUCAGCACUCAGCUCAUCAAGUCCUCCCGGGGCCUGGGCUUCACCAUCGUUGGUGGAGACGAUACCAAGGACGAGUUCCUUCAAAUUAAAAGCGUCGUCCCUAAUGGCCCUGCUUGGCAAGAUGGAAACUUACGCACUGGUGACGUUUUAGUGUACGUCAACGACACGUGCGUGCUAGGCUACACACAUGCAGACGUGGUGAACAUCUUUCAAAACAUUGAGCCCGGCCGCUCGGUAUAUUUGGAGGUGUGCAGAGGCUAUCCUCUACCAUUCGAUCCCAACGACCCUAACACCGAGAUCGUUACUACCGUCGCUGUUACAGCCAUGGAUUCAAGAUCAGCGAAGUCGAUGUUCGGCGAGAGCUACGAGCGGUCUCGCCACAACUCAAACGAGUCUCUCAACACCGCCAAGUCUAUGCCCGACCUCAGUAAUCCAGACCGAGUACAACAGGUCCCCAGACCUGGCUCGGCUGAUCUAUUAAACUCGGAAAAUUUUGACACUGCUCCGGAUAUUUUAGAUUUUUACAAUUCGAACAUGGCGAAGCCAGAGUACCUAACCAUACCCAUCGUGAAAGGAAGCAUGGGCUUUGGAUUCACUAUUGCCGAUAGCGCAUAUGGACAAAAAGUGAAAAAGAUUCUAGAUCGCAGUAGAUGUAAAAAUUUGAUGGAAGGCGACAUUUUAGUUGACAUCAACAGCAUCAAUGUGAAGAGAAUGAGUCACACGGAGGUGGUUCAAGUGCUGAAAGAGUGCGCGCAGGGCCAAGAAGCCAUCGUCAUGGUGGAGCGAGGAGGUGCCGACUCUCCUUCUAAAAAUAGGCCACGGAAAGAACCCUUGCCUAGCCCAAAGAAAGCUUUAAUUGGUCCCUCUUCUGCUGGUAGCGUAUUUCCCACAGGCCAGUACCGAAGCAAGACGCCUACCGCCGACAUGUACAGCUCCCAGACAAAAGAAGUCAUUCCUAAUAGACCCAAAACUCCACUAGUCGAUACCCGCAAUCGGCCCAAGACCCCCAACCUUGUAGGAGACGGUCGUCCCUACGCUGAUAUGACUCGACCACUCGCCGAGAGUGUAGACAGUAGAGUACCUGAUCCACAGGGUCCAACAGGGCAUUAUCCUGGUCUGUACAGCCCCAACCACCCUCCACCGCCCCAUCAUGACAUGCCUUACGAUCCUAAACUGACCAGCGUAUCUCAGCAGAUGUCUAAUGUGACGCUCGACGGUAGCAGCUACAGUUAUUACAACAACAAUGACGUCAGCCGGAGUUCUGCUGGCUUAGAUUACAACUACCCGAACAAUGGACCAAUGCCGCCUCAGAAUUACUCUUAUCCUAAUAAUUCGUCAUUCCCGUCUGAAUCUGGAUAUCAUCCAAAUUCUGAGUCCUACGAGUACGAUAUGAAAAGAAGCAUGUCAAAAACUCCUAUUCAAGAUCCUUAUUAUAGCCCUUACCCUAACUCGUCGCAGCCGCAACCUUACAAUCAGUAUUAUGCGAAUGACGCUACUCGCUCUCUUCCCAGCAAUGGUAACUCGCUAAUGCUCAAUAAUGCUAAUAUCAUCAAUAAUAAUUUAGGAAAUAACGGUCACAAUACCAGUAUAGACAACGCGGGCGGCAACGGCUAUAUGCCAUACCCUAAAGAUGGCUUCGACGUCCCGCGCCAGGACUCUGGCUACAGUUCUCAGACGCAAUUACCGCCAGCGCCUAACCCUUAUCAUGCUUAUUAUAAUCCAACCGACGGCCACGGUAUGCAAGCCGGUGCCCCAGGCUACGGGUAUUCCAACGACAACGGCCUCGUCCGACGCAAGGAGUCCACUAGUUUUGAACACGAACAUCCUGCUCCUGUCAGCAUGCCCAGGUUCCCUGACGGGCGUUACACCGUCGGCCAGCGCGGCACUCGUGGUCCCCCUAACGGCAACGCAGCUCCCGUGCACGAGUUUACGGUCACCCUUCGCCGCCAAGAAACUGGAUUUGGCUUCAGAAUUGUUGGCGGCACAGAGGAGGGCUCGCAGGUCUCGAUAGGGCACAUCGUGAGUGGCGGCGCGGCCGACCAGGACGGCACGGUGCUCACCGGCGACGAGAUUCUGGCGGUGAACGGCGAGAGCGUGGUGGGGGCGUCGCACCACAGGGCGGUGACCCUCAUGGCUGCCGCUGCCACCAGGGGCGUUGUUACUCUCACCCUCUGCAGGAGACAGCCGCCAGAUCUGCACAACCGUUCGCUAGAAUUGAGCUUUCCUUAUGACAUCACCGUCACUAGGAGGGAAGACGAAGGAUUUGGUUUCGUCAUCAUCUCUUCAGUUACCAAGUCAGGCUCAACAAUAGGUCGGAUCAUUGAGGGAAGUCCUGCGGAGCGCUGCGGAAAGCUGCAUGUCGGGGACAGAAUCUUGGCUGUGAACGGCGUCGACAUCAAGAGUUUGCACCAUGGCAGCAUCGUGAACCUCAUCAAGCUCUCUGGAUACAGCGUCACACUCACCAUCGGUGCCCCAAGAGACGACUCUUCCAGUUCGACCAACUCACUAAAGGCGGACAGCGACGUUGGGGACGAUAGUGGAGAAUAUAUGAGCGUGGAGCUGAUGCGCGGCCCUCGGGGCUUUGGCUUCAGCAUCAGAGGAGGUCGCGAGUUCCAGCAGAUGCCGCUGUUUGUGCUGCGCAUCGCUGAAGGCGGACCCGCUGACCACGACUCCAAGCUCAAGGUGGGCGAUCAGCUGAUCGAAAUCAACGGACAAUCAACCAAAGGCAUGACGCACGCCGACGCCAUCGAGCUCAUCAAGCAGAGCAACAACACUGUCUCUCUUCUGGUCAAACGCGGCGGCAAGAUCCCCCAACACCUCGGAGAUCCGCUGAGCAGCGGUGGGGUUGUAUCCCCGGUGGGACCUCCACCACCACACACCAACAUCCGGUCCACUGCCACUUUACCUUCUCCCUCACACAGCCCUGCAUACCCUCCUCCUCCACCAUCACACCACCACCCCCCACCACCCCAUCACAACUCCAACAACCCUUAUCCUCCUCCUUCUUCACUCCACAACCCCUCACAACCCCCCUACGUGUAUCCUCACAACGGUAGCGUGCGGUACCAGCCUCCUUCCCUGCAGUCGUCCCCAGCCGGCCAGUACAUCUCCCCCAUGAACCCCAACGGACCACUGGGGCAGUCCUCCCCUCGCGUGAUAUCCUCAGAGAACUACUGGGCUAGGAUGCCGCAAUGAUCAGCCCGUUACUCGUCCUUCUAUAAUUCUCUUACAAAUUACACAGUGAAAGUACACGAAUUUUACCGCCCACAAUAGCAUUAAAACUUCGGUGGGAUUAUGCUCACCCUACGUUACACUUUGUUUAGACUCUCGUCAGUGGACAAAGUUAUGAUGAUCACUGAUAGAUAAUGACAAUACUCGAGUAAAUGAGAUAACAAAAUUUUCAAUUUUUUUACACAAUACUCUAUUUGCCCGGCUGAAUGAGUAAGAUAAACUAUUCUGAAAUUCUAUAAAUUAGCCGUACUUUAUUCUUAUUUAGUAUACCAAUUGCAAAGUAGCCCAACUCAUCCUCAUCCGACUACAAAUUCAAUUAAGAAUGAAUAAUUUUUUAUUUUGUAUUCACUUGCUGCUCAUUUAAGUAAAUUACUUAUAAAAUGCCUUAAAAAUGUGCCUGAAUAGAUAAUAUAAUGGAUCUUAUUGUGGACGCUGUGUCGACUCAAUGGCUGACUAGUUUCAUUCUUUGACAUCUCUGAUGGAGCGCUCGCUAACGUGCGUGCGGGCGUGAGCUUAUCUCGCCUAAGUUACUGCGUCCCUGAAGAUUUUUUAAUGCAAAUAUUGCAGUGUUUUUCUUGUGAAGUUAUUGCUGCCAAGUGAUCAAACGCGAACCUAAUUUAACAUGUUGCUAGUAGACUCUUGUGUCGAAUCUGAUUUUAUAUCAGCUGGUGGUUCAAAGAUAACUAAAUAUUUACGGUCCAAAUUUGAUUAGGUCGCAGAUUCUCGAGUUGUUCAUGAUGAGUUCAAAGGAGCAAAAUCUCUCUCCUCCAUUGAUACCAAUUUGUUUCUAUUAGAAAUUUAAGCUUGUAGUAAAUUUAAUUUUCAAAUUACCGUCACAAGAAAAAGUUUGGGGUUAGAAUGUCGUUCGAUUGAAUGUAUUGCAGUGCGUUCUUAUUAUAUAAUUUUAGGCUAACCAAAUUAAUUCCGUUGAAUUGAAGUGGAUAAUUUCACGAUUGAAGCAUUCAUAAAUCUGCCCGCUAAUUGUGUUAUAGCUUGCAACGGAACUUCUGGAUAAAUCCACUUGUUACGUGACGUUUCCUCCUGAUCUCCAAUGGUAAGAAAAACAUAAGAGUGCAACAUUUUCACAGUUUUAUAUGCAUCGAUGUUACGGACUAAUAUUUUUGUCUUCCGGAGGUAAAUUAAAAAUACACAUAGCGGUACCGAGUGUCUUCCUCGCCUUAAUAACGAUACUUUAAGUAAUACUGCGUGUCAAAUGUGCUCAAUUAUGUGGUGCAAGAUUCUUACAUCGUGUACAGAUACGUUAGGUACUCGUUAGUUCCAGCUCCCUGGCAAAAGACUCCGUAUUAGUUCGUGUACAUAAAUAGCCUCUCUUUUACGAGGAAUGCUGAAGCAUAACUUGCGAUUCUAAUGCUUCCAUAAAAGUUCUGUGUUGUCGUGUACCGUCUUAGCUUCAUCUGUCCUUUUGAUCUUCAAAGAAUGCACGUUAUUUGCAGUUUUGUUUAUCCAAUUAUAUUUUGCUUUGACUACGGUUUUUUGACUGUGAAUUUAAUGCAAAAUUGUAAAUAAAUUUGUUGACGUUU